AAUGGAUACACAAUUAUAUCAGGGCAAUGGAAUAUUUCGAAAUCAGCCCUCUUAUAAAGUGUUUAACAAAUCAUUUGAAGAUGCAGACGACACAUUGUUCACCCAGCUUAACGAGUUGGAUGUGGAUGUGUAUAAAGAGGAACAACAGACAUUCGCCACAGAGUUCGAAGAAUACUCAAGCCAAUUUGCAUGUCGAGAUCCGCGCACGCAGCAGGUUGUAGAGCGAUCAGUGUAUGAUCACACCACAGAUAAACUGCCUUUUACAUUUCCCAAUAAACAACAAUGCUAUUCAACACUAAGUCGUGAUGAGCAGGCUGCGUGCUUGCGCGUGUUGUUAGCCUGGCAGCAGAAUACCGUAGUGCAGGAGGAUGACUUUGUAAUAUGGCGUGUGACCAACAACAAGCGUUGCAAGGAGCAGGAAUUAGUUCAAAAGCACAUAUUUGAUUAUGCCAAUGCGGAGCAGGAACGCAUCUAUGCACCUAUGCAGCAAUUGGUGCUGCUCUACAGGCAAUGGUUCCAACUGAGAACAGCACGAUUGUUGAAACGAUUACCCAAUUUGAGCUACAUUACACACACAGGCCUGCCACAGCUUAGCCAGUGCAAAGGUCUUAACACCCAAACGGCCAACAUGGUCGAUAUAAAAGAGGUCUGUCGUUCAGGCCAUGUGCCGUGUUGGCCCGAAGUGCGGAUAAAACAAGAGGAACUAAGCACUUUGCGAAUACGUUUGGAGCGCUAUAGUAGUCAAGAGACUGAAACUGACAUUGUACAAACAACUAUAAGUAACGACCUGGAAAAACAGUUAGAAACAGCCCAAGAGAAUGUCUAUGUGUUACCCCUGGAUGCCUUGUUGUUGCUAUUAGCGCCAGGUGCCUAUGUAGAUUUACCUACGGAAAUGCUGCUGCAUAUACGUGAGUUGGAUGACAGUGACAACAAAUGCAUAGAGUUCCAGCAGCCCAUGCCAGCGCGACACUGCGGCUGUCAUACCAACAGUCGCAUUCUUACAGAGGCCUACAACGCAUACGCUUCAACACAAUGGCCAAGAUGUUCGCCGGAAUGCGCUGUGCAGAUUAAUAACUCUUCCACACUUGCAGAUUGUUCUCCUCCACAAACAGAACGUUUACGUGUCUACAAACUACAGCCUAUAGAUCAGCAGACUGAAACUAGAAGACAGCCGAAAAGCAACUUGUCAUUGGUUAGCUGGCGACUCCAAUGCGAAAAUUCCACGGCAGGCUUACAACUCUACACAAGUCUGCCCAUUACUGCAGUGAUCCAUAAUUUAGCUCAUCAACCAUUAGGAUGUCAUUUCAUCAAGCUGGAGAGCAAACCCGAAUGCGGCUUGGAAGCUAUGACAAAGAUUGAGCUGCUGCGUGCUUGGCUGCAAUUGAAGCUUCUUCGAACUGAGCUGGGGCACUGCACACGCAUUGCACUGCAAGAUUUUAGUCUGUUGCUGGAGCAGCCACUUAGUCUGUCUUCGCUGGAGCAACAACUGUUGGAAUACCAUCACAUUAAUUUACCACAGCUAUUGGCUCAAUUAGAGGAAUUUCUCAAGAUAUUGAGCAGUAUAGCGCCAGGCGAAUAUCUGUUGCGCUAUACCCUCAAAUACAAGGACAAGUUUCUACUUUGCCGUACAACUUCAGAGCCCGCAACUCAGUCCUUCAAGCUGCAUGACCUUUUAACAGAGACAGUACCCAGCAAGCUGCAGUAUCUAACACAAAGUUACUUGCCCAUCUUGCCACAGCUUUGUAGUAUUUGGCAUGAGCAGCAGCAAUUGCUACCCUGCGCCUUUCCACCCAAGAAAAAAGGUGUUAAAUUGAAACCAAAAGUGGAGCCGCAACCCGAGUUGGUGCAGCGCACAAGUAAACCAAAGAACAAAUCUACAACAAAGCGUAAGCUACACAAGAUCAAUCAAAAAAGAAGAAAACGAGCUGCACUCAAGGCACAGCAAGAUGAGGACAAAAAGUUGGAACAAAUUAUGCAUCUAUAAAUAAUAAUAUAUAUA